AACCAACAGGAGAGAUCAGAGUCAGAGAUUCUCAGUGGUCAGUCUUCCCAGAGUCAUCAAACAGACCUGGCCUCCAUAUUCAGUAUGCUUGAAGAGAAAAUUAUGACAUUUGUGAAGAACGAGCUGAAGAUGUUCAAGAGGAUUCUUAGUCCAGAACUCCCAGAAGGCUUUGAGAGUCAGAAGCAGGAUAAGGAAGUGGUGGAUUCUGAAGAUGAGAAGCAGGAGAGCAGUGCCAGAGAGGGGGCUCUGAAGAUCACACUGCACAUCCUGAGGAAAAUGAACCAGAAGGAGCUUGCUGACACACUGGAGAAAUAUUCAGAUGAUCCUGCUGUGAUUUGCCAACGUGAACUCAAAUCUAAUCUAAAGAAGAAGUUUCAAUGUGUAUUUGAGGGGAUCGCUAAACAAGGAAACCCAACACUUCUCAAUAAGAUCUACACAGAGCUCUACAUCACAGAGGGUGGAACAGGAGAGGUCAAUAAUGAACAUGAGCUGAGACAGAUUGAGACAACAACCAGGAAACAAGAGACUGCAAUCAAAUGUAAUGACAUCUUUAAACCCUUAACUGGACAAGACAAACCUAUCAGAACUGUGCUGACAAAGGGAGUCGCUGGCAUUGGAAAAACAGUCUCGGUGCAGAAGUUCAUUCUGGACUGGGCUGAAGGAAAAGCAAAUCAGGACGUCCAAUUUGUAUUUUCAUUCCCUUUUCGGGAGCUGAAUUUGAUGAAAGGGGACAAACACACUUUGAUUGAACUUCUCAAUCACUUCUCAAAGGAAACCAAACAAUCAGGAAUCUCCAACUAUGACAAGUACAAAGUUCUGUUCAUCUUUGAUGGUCUGGAUGAGUGCCGACUGCCCCUAGACUUCCAGAAGAACAAGAUCUGUUGGGACGUCACUGAGUCAACCUCAGUGGAUGUUCUGCUGACAAAUCUCAUCAAGGGAAAUCUGCUUCCCUCUGCUCUCCUCUGGAUAACUACCCGACCUGCAGCAGCCAAUAAGAUCCCUUCAGGGUGUGUUGACCAGGUGACAGAGGUACGAGGGUUCAAUGACCCACAGAAGGAGGAGUACUUCAGGAAGAGAUUCAGUGAUGAGGACAUGGCCAGCAGAAUCAUCUCACACAUAAAGACAUCAAGGAGCCUCCACAUCAUGUGCCACAUUCCAGUCUUCUGUUGGAUUUCUGCAACAGUCUUUGAACACAUGCUGAAACAUAAGAGAGAAGAGAUGCCCAAGACUCUGACUGAGAUGUACACACACCUUGUGGUGUUUCAUACCAAACAGAAGAAUGAAAAGUAUCUUGGGAAAGAAGAGACAGGUCCACACUGGAAUAAAGAGAGCAUUCUGUCACUGGGAAAACUGGCUUUUCAACAGCUUGUGAAUGGCAAUCUGAUUUUCUAUGAAGAAGACCUGAAGGAGGCUGGCAUUGAUGUUAAUGAAGCCUCAGUGUACUCAGGGUUGUGCACACAGCUCUUUAAAGAGGAAUGUGGGCUGUACCAGGACAAGGUGUUCUGCUUUGUUCAUCUGAGCAUUCAGGAGUUUCUGGCUGCUGUAUAUGUGUUCCUCUCAUUCAUCAACAACAAUGAGAAUCUAAUGGCCGAACCGCAAACAAAGUCCAGCAUCUUUGCUUCGCUGUUCAGAGACAAGCCUGAAGUUACUUUCUACAAGAGUGCUGUGGAUAAAGCCUUACAAAGUGAGACAGGAAACUUGGACCUUUUCCUCCGUUUCCUUCUGGGCCUCUCACUGGAGUCCAAUCAGAAGCACUUACGAGGUCUACUGACAACGACAAGAAGCAGCUCAAAGACCCAUGGAGAAACAGUCAAGUACAUCAAGGAGAAGAUCGGGGAGGAUCUCUCUCCAGAGAGGAGCAUCAAUCUGUUCCACUGUCUGAAUGAACUGAAUGACCAUUCUCUAGUGGAGGAGAUCCAAAGCUACCUGAGAUCAGGAAGUCUCUCAAAACCCAAACUGUCACUUGCACAGUGGUCAGCUCUGGUCUUUGUGUUGCUGACUUCAGAAAAGGAGCUGGAUGUGUUUGACCUGAAGAAAUACUCCAGAUCAGAGGAAGGUCUUCUGAGGCUGCUGCCAGUGGUCAAAGCCUCCAGAGCUGUUCUGCUGUCAGGCUGUGGAGUCACAGAGGAAGGCUGUGCUUCUCUGGUCUCAGCUCUGGAGUCAAACCCCUCACACCUGAGAGAGCUGGACCUGAGUAACAAUGACCUGAAGGAUUCAGGAGUGAAGCUGCUCUCUGAUGGACUGGGGAAUCCCCACUGUAAACUGGAGACUCUGAGGCUGUCAGGCUGUCUAGUCACAGAGGAAGGCUGUGCUUCUCUGGUCUCAGCUCUGGAGUCAAACCCCUCACACCUGAGAGAGCUGGAUCUGAGUAACAAUGACCUGAAGGAUUCAGGAGUGAAGCUGCUCUCUGAUGGACUGGGGAAUCCCCACUGUAAACUGGAGACUCUGAGGCUGUCAGGCUGUGGAGUCACAGAGGAAGGCUGUGCUUCUCUGGUCUCAGCUCUGAGGUCAAACCCCUCACACCUGAGAGAGCUGGACCUGAGCUACAAUCACCCAGGAGACUCAGGAGUCAGACUGCUCUCUGCUGGACUGGAGGAUCCACACUGCAGACUGGAGAAACUCAAUGUGGAACAUGGUGGAGAGAACAGAAUGAAACCUGGGCCUAGAAAAUAUGUCUGUGAUCUCACACUGGACCCAAACACAGUAAACAGACACCUCUCUCUGUCUGAGGAGAACAGAAAGGUGACAUGUAGGACAGAAGAGCAGCCGUAUCCUGAUCACCCUGAGAGAUUUGAGGACUGGGGACAGGUGCUGUGUAGAGAGGGUCUGACUGGGCGCUGUUACUGGGAGGUAGAGUGGAGUGGGAGAGAGGCUGGUAUAGGAGUGACAUAUAAAGGAAUCAGCAGGAAAGGAAGAGGAGGGGUUAAGGACUGUUAUCUUGGAUUCAAUGACAAGUCCUGGAGUCUGUCCUGCUCAGACAACAGUUACACUGCCUAUCACAAUAACAAUCCCUCUAAUCCCACUACCAUAGAUGUCCCCUCCUCCAGACCCCACAGAGUAGGAGUGUAUCUGGACUGGCCAGCCGGCACUCUGUCCUUCUAUAGAGCCUCCUCUGACACACUGACCUACCUGUACACAUUCACCUCCACAUUCACUGAGCCCCUCUUUCCAGGGUUUUGGGUUGAUUACAACUCCUCAGUGUCCCUGUAAAUAAUAACCUGACACGCACACACUGAAACACACAAACACUGGACACACACACAAUAGACUUACACACACACACACACACACACACACACACACACACACACACACACACACACAUUGGACACACACACGCAAACACACACACACAUACUCACUCAAACACACACACACACACACACACACACGCACACACUGGACGCACACAGUGGACACACACACACACACACACACUGGACAAACACACACACACACACACACACAGUGGACAUACAUGCACACACACUGGACACACAUUGGACACACACAAACCUACACAUACACACACUGGACACACACACAAUAGACUUACACACACACACACACACACACACACACACACACACACACACACACACACACAUUGGACACACACACGCAAACACACACACACAUACUCACUCAAACACACACACACACACACACACACGCACACACUGGACGCACACAGUGGACACACACACACACACACACACUGGACAAACACACACACACACACACACACACAGUGGACAUACAUGCACACACACUGGACACACACAUUGGACACACACAAACCUACACAUACACACACUGGACACACACAUUGGACACACACAAACAAACACAUAUUGGACACACACACACACAUUGGACACACACACACACACACAAACACACAGCGGACACACACACACACUGGACUCAAAAACACUAACACACACGCACUGGACACACAAACACACACACACACACACACACACACACACACACACACACACACACACACUGGACAUACAUGCACACACACUGGACACACAAACACACACUGGACACACACAUUGGACACACACAAACCUACACAUACACACAUUGGACACACACGCAAACACACACACACACACAUACUCACUCAAACACACACACACACGCACACACUGGACGCACACAGUGGACACACACACACACACACAGGACAAAAACAAACACACACACACACAGUGGACAUACAUGCACACACACUGGACACACACAUUGGACACACACAAACCUACACAUACACACUGGACACACACAUUGGACACACACAAACAAACACAUAUUGGACACACACACACACACAUUGGACACACACCUACACAUACACACUGGACACACACAUUGGACACACACAAACAAACACAUAUUGGACACACACACACACACAUUGGACACACACACACACACACAAACACACAGCGGACACACACACACACACACACUGGACUCAAAAACACUAACACACACACACUGGACACACACACACACACACAUACACACACACUGGACAUACAUGCACACACACUGGACACAAACACACACUGGACACACACAUUGGACACACACAAACCUACACAUACACACACACACUGGACACACACAUUGGACACACACAAACAAACACAUAUUUGACACACACACACACAUUGGACACACACACACACACACAGACACACACACACACACACACACACACUGGACACACACACCAAGUGGUUCCACAAACAACAACUUGUCUGCCACGCUGAUCCUCAACACUGGGGCCCCUCAGGGGUGUGUACUUAGUCCCCUCCAGUACUCGCUGUUCACCCACGACUGCAUGGCCAAACACGACUCCAACACCAUCAUUAAGUUCGCUGAUGACACAACAGUGAAGCCUGAUCACUGACAACAAUGAGACAGCCUAUAGGAAACCAUCUCAAUUCGGUUGAGGUUGGGUGAUUGUGGAGGCCAGGUCAAACUCGCCAAGCAGGCUGUCAUGUGCCAUUUACUGUGGAGUGUCUUCCGUCUCGCCACUCUACAAUAAAAACCUGAUUGGAGGAGUGCUGCAAAGAUAGUUGUCUUUCUGGAAGGAUCUCCCAUCUCCACAGAGGAACUCUAGAGCACUGUCAGAGUGACAAUUGGGUUUUUGGUCACCUCCCUGACCAAGUCCUUCAAUGCUACAGAAACGUUUUGGUACCCUUCCCCAGAUCUGUGCCUCGAAACAAUCCUGUCUCAGAGCUCUACAGACACUUCCUUCGACCUCAUGGUUGGGUUUUUUCUCUGACAUGCACUGUCAACUGUGGGACCUUAUAUAGACAAGUGUGUGCCUUUCCUAAUAAUGUCCAAUAAAUUGAAAAUACAACAGGUGGACUCUAAUCAAGUUGUAGAAACAUCUCAAGGAUGAUCAAUGGAACCAGGAUGCACCUGAGCUGAAUUUCAAGUCUCAUAGGAAAGGGUCUGAAUACUUAUGUAAAUAAGGUAUUUACAUAUUUUAUUUUAUAAAUGUGCAAAAAUGUCUAAAAAACGGGUUUUGCUGUGUAAUUAUGGGGUACUGUGUGUAGAUUGAUUAAAAAUAUUAAUUUAAUCAAUUUUAGAAUAAGGCUGUAAUGUAACAA